GGGAGGGCGGCUCUGGGGCUCAGCUAAUUCAAAGGCGCCAGACGGGCUCACAGGCUGCUGCAGCCGCGGCUUUGAAGUGAACCUGCCCGUUGGUUUCCACCAUAGGAUGGAGGACGGCAGGAGAGCCCCCAUCGCCAUCGUUGGCUGGACGUGUAUGACUCUGUGCUUGGUCUCCUACGCGGCUGCCUUCUCGCACGGCGCGAGCCUUUCUGCCUGCACCGACAUGAUGCCCAGGCACCUGAGAGCGCAGCUGCACAGCCCCAGCAACAACUACGUUACUCUCCACACCAACAUGUCCUUCUACUUCCCAGGCGACAAGGUUCCAGUGACAGUGAGGAGCACCCGGGAUUUUAUGGGAUUUUUGCUUCAAGCUCGCAAAGUGUCAAACGACGAAAUCGCUGGCACUUUUGUCUUCAUCCCUCCUGGUUCCAAGCUGCUGACUUGUUUUGAAGAUGGUGACACCGUCACCCACUCAGACAAAUCACUGAAGAGAAAUCUGUCCUUCGUAUGGAAAGCACCAGACCAACCCAUUGGAGACAUCAAGUUUUUCAUCUCCGUAGUCCAGUCAUACUUUGUUUACUGGGCAAAGAUCGAAUCUGCUAUCGUGGCUCAGCGAGGACAAAACAAAACGCUUUCUGGAAGCAGCAAGAAGCCCGACCCCGUAACCCCCGUGCCCUCGCAGGGACCAGCUGACCCACACCCCACAGGUACGGGAAGAAAAGGUCCCACCUCUCCCAUGGCUGCCACCGGCUCCCCCCCACGCACCCCCGUGCCGCCUGCCAGCCCCACCGGCAUCGUGGCAACGUCGGCACCGCAGCCAGGUUUCGGUGUCGGGUCUGACGCCCGUCCCGUUGCUGAGCCGAAGCAGCCGUCCCGACCUUCGCAGGCUGUGUCCGGCGGGAGCGGCGGGUCCAGCGGCUGGGGGCUGGAGUCGUCCCUCCCCACCCGAGACCCCGGCAUGGCCGAUGCCUUGCGAGGUUUCCUCUCCCAGGACAACACCUCCAGCUACAGCACCUCCGACGGAGCAGGAAGCGUUGCCAGCGCCGCCGCCCCACGCCUGUGCGUGAUGUGUAAAGGUGACAGGCAGGCCAGUACCAGGAGCGGGGCCAUCCUGAAAGCCUCCCCACAUGUGACAGCGUCUCCUUCUGCCCCGCACGUACACACUCACCUGGGUGAUGCCGCUGUGACAACAGCCUGGUUUGGCGAUGCCGACUCCGCCGGCAACCUGUCAUCGGCUUCAAGGCAAAUGGCAGAAAGAAAGCCGGCACCGCAGCCAGAGGAGGCAGGCACCAGGGACGAGGAAGAGGAGGAGGCGGUGGCGGGUGGGAAUACCCUGCCAUGGGUGACCAGACCAGCUCCCGAAUCCGCUGUUCCCGGAAAGGGGGAAGACCCAGGCAGAGGGACCCGACUCCUUGCAGCCCAACUCGGCAUCCUCCUGGUCUGCACCGCCGCCCUGGGCCUGGCGCUGGCGGCUGCCGUGCGCUGUGUCUGCGCCCAGCACUGCCACAAGCGGACGGAGGUCUCCUUCAGCGAGCCGGACCCCGACGUCAUCGCCGUCAGAGAAAACGGGGAGGUGAUGCACUUCCGAAAGAUCCGGGAGAACAGCUUCGUGUUGGUACAAGCCGAGUACAACUGGGUCAGCCCCUCAAGCGGCGGUAAGAAGACGAUCGCCUGA